AUGAUGGCGAGAAUUUUGGAAAAUUUGAAAGACCCAGAAGCAAGCGCAAGUGAUUGCUUGCAGUAUCUUAAACAACUUCAUGAUAUCGGAGCUAUUCGAGAAAUAUUUUCUGUUCUGAUUAAUGGAGGAAUGAAGUCGAGGUUAAAUAAAACGAAGCGACUUAACAAUGCCUCGUCAGUUCAAGACAUGAAUCAAGUAUUGUUUGAGUUCAUCAAAAAGUUCGCGAAAUCGUCAUUGCUCACGAGCAUGUUGGCUUGGCCGACGAUUUUGCUCGGUGAAAAAACUUAUCGUCCCGUGGUCGGAGAAGAUCGCCAUCAAAUUGAAAAACUUAAAAGAUCUGGAAUGCAACUAAUGUCACUGACUCUGGAUACAGAUUUUACAUUUCGUGGUGAAAUUUAUUCUCAAAAUUGUUCUGUUGUGAACAGCAAGGGAGACAUCGUUGCACUGACGAAGGGUACACGUACUUUUAAAGUUUUUAAACGUUCAGGGGAAAGUCGUAUUCUAUGUGAAACUCCCAGGGAAAAGCCUGCGUCAGAAUGGUACGUUACGGCGAUGGAUAUCGAUGCCGAAGAUAACCUAUACAUCAUCACUAGAUUCCGAGAAAGCGAUGAUCAUUCAUGGAGAUUAAAAUUGUUUAUCUUUGAUAAGAAUGGAAACAAAAAGCUUAAUUCUGCGUUACCUUUUCAUCAAAACUCUAUAGAUGCAGUGCGCAUGGCAAUAAACAAGGACGGGAAGAUUGCUAUUUUAAAUUGCGACGAGAAUAUCCUGUAUAUUGGUGACGUAUGUGUUGAGCUGAAUUCGUUUAAAGUCGACAAAAUUUUUUCUUUCAGGGAGUUACCUAUCUGUAAUCAUGCACUAUUCUCAAGUUUUGAUGGAACAAUAAUUGUUGCAGGCCGGGAAACUGUUUAUAUCUACACAGAAAACGGAAGGUUACAACGCGAAAUUAAGAAACCCGCAGGAUAUUAUCGAUUUGAUGAUUCCGUUGCAAUAGAUCACGUCACAAAACGUAUCCUAGUUAAAACGAAUGUUUCAUCAGGAUAUAGUCUGCUGAGUUUCUCAGAAACUGGGGAACUACAAGACAGUGUAUGUUUGGGGACCAGCGAAUGGAUUAAGUAUGCUGAGCUAAAAUCUCAUCCAAAUGGUCCAGUUGCUUUAGUUGGCGAAACACGAAUAAAAUUACUUCAACUGUAG